GGGGACAGAGGGGACAGAGGGUUUAGGGCCGAGCUCUCGGGGUCUCAUUACUCAAUUUAAGAUGUUUAUAGAAUUUUACUGCCCUUUUCUGGACGGCUAUAAUCAGCGGGAAUCGACCUAAUUUUGCCCUACAUGCGUUAAUUGGUGUUUUUCUCUGAAGUUUGAGGAGAUUUCUACAGAACUCUGGACGUAGGGACUCUGUGGGAUGUUUGUCCCAGCGAGUGUCGUCGUGUGGAGCGAGCAGUUCCUCUAUGAUCCUACAGGUGGUGCUCUACACUAUUCACACUUAGGAAACUGUCUUACUGUGCUGUGGUGUGUGUGUGUGUGUGUGUGUGUGCGUGUGUGUGAGAAUGUGUGUUUGUAUGUGAGUGAGUGUGUGUGUGAGCGUGAGUGUGUGUGAGCGUAUGUGUAUGAGAAUGUGUGUGUGUGUGUGCGUGUGUGAGCGUGAGCAUAUGUGUGUGUGGGUGUGUGAGAUGAGUGAGCAUGUGUGAGCGUGUGUGUGAGUGAGUGUGUGUGUGAGCAUGAGUGCGUGUGGGUGUGUGUGUGAGUGUGUGUUUAAGCGUGAGCGUGUGGUGUGUGUGUGUGUGUGGGGGUGAGUGAGUGUGUGUGUGAGCGUGAGUGUGUGUGAACGUGAGCGUGUGUGUGUGUGAACGUGAGUGUGUGAGUGUGUGUGAGCGUAAGUGUGUGACCAUGAGCGUGUGGUCUGUGUGUGUGUGUGUGUGUGUGUGUGAGCGUGUGUGUGUGUGUGAACGUGAGUGUGUGAGUGUGUGUAAGCGUAAGUGUGUGACCAUGAGCGUGUGGUCUGUGUGUGUGUGGGUGUGAGUGAGUGUGUUUGAGCGCGUGUGUGUGUGAGCAUAAGUGUGUGACCGUGAGUGUGUGUGUGUGUGUGUGUGUGUGUUUGUGAGUGUGUUUGUGAGUGUGUGUGAGCGUAAGUGUGUGUUUGAACGUGAGCGUGUGUGUGUUCGAGUGUGAGUGUGUUCGAGUGUGAGUGUGUGUGUGUGAGUGUGUGAGUUUUUUAUAUCACAAGGUCACAGCGCGGUCAUUGACCUCCCAGUUGUUUACCCGGGCGCGCGGCCAGCUGUUGUUGCGCGUGUGUGCAGGAGUCCUUGGAUCCGUGGUACGGCCUGGUUUAAUGAUCGCGCGUGAUAACGUGCUGUGACUCUAUCCUGCGGUUCAUUCACACUGCCACUGCUUUAUCUGUGUGUGUGUGUGUGUGUGUGCGCACCAGCGCGAGAGGAGAGAGGCGUGGAAUUCAGUCAAAGGUCACCGCUCUAGUCCCGAGCUUUAUAAAGGGAAGGGCGGACCGUCUCACGGCUGAGACACGGUGUGUGUGUGUGUGUGUGCUACUGUAUCCUAUGGGGAGUACAUAGACACCUUGUGUUGCUUUUUGGUCAGUGUGAGAAGAACAGAGACACUGUGUGUGUGUGUGUGUGUGUGUGUGUGUGUGUGUGUGUGUGUGUAUGUUGCUGUAUCCUGUGAGGAGUACACACUGCAGACAUGGAGUGUGAGUGCCAGUCCUUGGACAGCUGUCGUGCUCAUGCCAUCUUGUUCCAGAUCCUCACCGGUGAGACGCGAGCCCCUGUCCCAAGCCCCUCCCCCCCCACCCGCUGUCACUGUGACACACGCCGCAACGUGCGCCUGAGGUCGCGUGACACCUGUCUGGCGGCCGCCAGCAUACUCGUGAAGACCGUACGCUUCGUCGCGAGCCUGCCCGCGUUCCAGCAGCUUCCAGGGGAGGACCAGUGCAGGCUUCUGCAACACUGCUGGGCGCCGCUCUUCAUCCUGGGCCUCGCGCAGGAGCACGUGAGCUUCGAGGUGGAGCACGAGCCCGUGAGCAGCAUGCUGGAGAAGAUCCUGCUGAACCACGAACACCAGGAGCACCAGAAGCACCGGGAGCACCCAACACUGGGCGGAGUCCUAAAUCUGAAGUCCUGUCUGAGGAAGCUGAGGAGUCUAGACCUGAGUCCCAAAGAGUAUGCAUACCUGAAGGGGACCAUGAUCUUUAAUCCAGACGUACCUGGCCUGCGGGUGGCGCCGUUUGUUGAUGGUCUUCAGCGCGAGGCUCAGCGCGCUCUCAGGGAGGUGCUGUUUCUCCUGCACUCUGGUGAUGGGGGGAGCUUUGGGCGUGUCCUCCUCGCCGUGUCCUCACUGCAGAGCGUCACAUCUGAGCUCAUCACCGAACUCUUCUUUAGACCCAUCAUCGGCUCCGCCCACCUUGGCCAUCUCAUCACCGACAUGCUGUUUACCAGGUAGAGACACACACACACACACCUGCGCUGUGUGAGAGAGGAUCGGCCACAACAGACCUGAGGAGGACCUGCUGAAGGACCUGAGGAUCACCUGAGAGAGCAUCCUGUCACUAAUCGUCCUGUGGGUGACUCCGCCCUGUCUGACUCCGCCCUGAUGACGCUCUACACCCUGAGCAUCACCGCAUGGUUCUGUACACUGAGUAUAGUGAUGUAAUAAGCAGGUGAUUACUGAGGGUCACCCGGACCUCAAUAAUUAUUACAUAGGACAUCACAUGACUGGCCACGCCCACUAUCCCUCCCCCACCUAAGCAGAGUAACAGCAGGAUUGUACUAGGUGCACUGCAGUGUUCAGACUGACUCUUUCCUGUCUGUGUGUGUGGGUGUGUGUGGGUGUGUGUGUGUGAGACACUGAGGCUGCGCUCUGGUCUCUGCGAGACCGUUACUCACUAAACAAAUGAGUGUUUUGUUGUUUUUGUAAAUGUGUUUGAU